AUGUCUGCCGAACUUCAUCGCAAGCGUAGUAGCUCGGCACUCCCAGCGUUUCAGCGGCUUCCUAAUAAGACCAAGGAUAAGACUAGGGCUCGGUUUUAUAGUAUUUCAUCUAAGAUUGUCCCUCAAACUAUCCAAGUUGGUGAAAAUGGCGAUAACGAAGAUGAGGAGCUCUCAAGCCAGGAUAUACGCAACGCAGAAGUCUCAAACUCUUCACCAGUCAUUCCAAGUUUGUCCAAGGUAGGCUUCCAAUCCAUUUACCAAAAUCCCAGCAACAAGCUAAGUCAAAAGAAUGUCAGCUCUGCGGGUGAUCCCGAACGUAGGAUUCGAACUGCAAGCUCAACGUCUUCCAUUCGAAGCAAUGGUAUGAGGAGCUACCAAUCGUACCAGAGCGAAUCUAAUGUUUCAACUAUAAGUAAGAAGAAGAGUCAAAACUCGCUUUUGGGCAGAACCAGUACCCUGAAAAGGCCAACCACUAAUAAUACGAUCGACCAACGAAGAGAUGACAACACAAGCAUUUCGAACAUAGGAUCUGGUAGCUCUUCCUCAUCAUUACGCAUGCGUACUCCAAGUAUCAGAAAGAAUCCGUUUAGUAUGGCUGCCAAAAAGCUUUUUAGCAGGACAGAAGGACGACUCGAAAAAUCAAGGGAAGCUUCUAAAUCUCCAACUUCAGGUGCUUCUUUGACCUUUGCUAAAUUUCUCAACAGUAAAUAUGGGAAGCACGUUGGAAAAGCUACCGCCCACCACAAACAUUCCGCUGGGAGUCUGAUCGACACUGGAAAGGCUACGCAAAUAUUUGGCACAAAUGGCGCUAACUCUGCUAAAGAGGUAUCAUUACAACUGGCAAAUGAGCCAAGUAUGGAUCCAAGUGAUGUUCAAAUGCUAUAUGAUUUGGUCAAGAAUCUGCGGUCACUAGAAACCAAUUAUCGGAAUUUUACAGACGAAGAGAUGGACGCACUCAUGAGUAAUAUAUGGGGUGUUUUUUGCAGCGUUGUGAUCACUUUAUUCAGGAACAAGGAACUGUGGGAACUUCCAGCCAAGAUCGAAGAUUUGAACCAUGUUUUUUCGUUUUAUAUCAAGCUCAAGGUAUCGUCCCAAAGUCGACAUAGCAGCUCUAAAUUCCUCGGUGAAAUUGGAGAAUUCAUGAGCACUUGUCUCUUUAUCCUAGAAAAUCAAAUUGUGUUCAACUACAGUAAUGAAAAUACCAUCAACACGGCAUUGAAGAGGCUAUGUCUGAUCUGGGGAGUAUUUUACCAGCAGGUUUAUCACAACGUAAUGGCAAUAUUUUUGCCAAUCGAGCUUAGUUUUCGAACUGACACGAAAUACUGGUCUGAAGCCCACGUCGAUUUUAAUGGUGCCAAUUUCAACGGGGCACGCACAGGAUCUCUUUCGCUUGACAUUUUGUUGUUGACCAGUUUUCGUGACGCCAUCGUAUCGCCCUACUAUGAAAGUUUUAUCAACAGCAAUGAGGGUGCAAGUGAAAGCUUUCAUUUGUACAUCAUGAAUGAGGAAGAGGAAAAAGGUGUAACGCAACGGGAUAAAUUGACGCUAUUACAAUGCUUUGGUAUCUUGUCGUCUAUACGGAGCACUGGCAUCAAACAAAAAGUCAUUGAAGAAUUGCUGAUUGGUAUAAGAAAGAGUAUUUGA